AUGCAUAAGGACCACCUUGAGAAACCGCCGCGCCACGACGCUGCCCUCCAUGAACCGUACUUCCACACCCUUUCCUUCCUCGCCAUUCGGAUCCAGACCGACGCCCACUUCGUCAUUCCUUCCACCACAGAGCAGUACGAAACGACUUCCACCAGUCAACUUAAUCCUGUGGCUCCCGUGGUCAAAGAGGUUGUCCCCGAUGCGCUGGAAGCCGUUUACUCCGAGUUCGAGAGACUCGUCGAGGUUGCCCACUCACCGACAACCGGCGAACAUCCUCGCAGCCAUCUCCAUGAAGAGGUUUCAUCGGAGGUAAUCGGUGCGGCGGACGUGCACGAAUCGCGGGAGACUCGCGCUGAGAGGGCGUUGAGCACUCUGCAGGACGCUAUGCUCCUUCCCGACCUACUGUCCAAACUCAAAGCACGGGACGAUACCAUACAGCGGAUGAAAGGUCGCCGUCGGGAGGAUGCGGAAAAGCGCAUUCAGGCCACAUUGCGCCUCGAAUCCCAGAUCCGGAGCCAGUUUGGGAUCAUGACGCGGCAGUCCCAGGACAUCACGGAGCAGAAUCGUAUCGUCGCGUCACAAGAUGAUGAGAUCGCCACGCUGAAGGCAACCAUUGCGCUCAUGAGAGAGCAAGCCAAGGAGACCGAGAAGAGGUUUGCAGACUGUCCAGCCGACUACACAGAGUCGCAAGAGCGCUUCAGCAGUCCAAGUGAUUCCCCGCCGCAAAUCCAAGACGAUGAGACGUCGAUCUUCUACGAAACUAAGCGGGUGUCUACGCCCCGCGCACGUGCACGGUUCCCUCCGGAAGCUCAACCCACGUCUGCUCGCGAGCACUCUUCGUCGCCUGCAGAUUCCGGCUCUCCCACCCGGUCAAGAUCAAGGCUGCUUCGUUCUGCCCCACCGCUGCGGAUGCCCUCAUUCAAUCUCAACGUUAAGAGGCGCUUCUUGAGCCCUACAUUCCAGUAUCUCCACAUGCAGGCAUCCGUGCUCACCUCGUCUUCCAUCAUGUCGCUCGUCAAGAACAACGUCUCCGACAUGCGCACUCGCUCCGCUAAAGUGAUCAGCUUCAGAAACCCGUCACAUCCAUCUGAACGCUUCGACGCUCCUUGGGAAGGAUCCAGCGAGAACUCGGUGUCGUUUCCCAGUUCCACAGCGAGCUUGCCCAGCAUUUCUCUGGGGAGCGAACUGUCGUGGGUGCAGAAUGUCGGCGACGCCUUUCACUCCAACGCCGCGUGGGACGGCCACGAGCGGGUUUCCGACCCCUACCUCGCGCAUAGUACGGCCUCCACCACAAUCGACAGUAAUUCGACAUCGUCCUUCGAAUUCGGUGAUGACGCACAGCAUGUAGCGACGCCUCCAGUGACUAUCCCCUCCUCCACCGCCGCUGCCGACGUGACCCCUCCCCUACCCUCGCGCGACUACGCAGCGGCCCGCCCGCACCUCCCCGCGUCGCUGAGCGCGCCCCUUCGCGGGCCAGGCGUUGCGAAGGCGACGGUCUUCGCACCCGUGCCUUCGCGCGGGCUCGGGCUCCCGUCGUCUCCACCGCGGCCUUCUCCGCCCUCCAUUCCGCGGCCUCCUCCGCCUUCCAUCCCCGCGGCUGCGCUCUCUGCCGUAGAGGAGGAGCGCGCGCCUGCGCUGACGGGACCGACGCCGGGCAAGUGGCUCAGCGGAAUUCCGCGCAUGGGACGCAGCCGGCGGGUCGCGUUCGCGAACUUUGCGGAUGCGUUCACUCCCUCGGGGUACAAGGAGAAGGAGAGGACGAAGGGGGCUGGGAAGGAGAGGGAGAGGGGAGCGGGCCCCGUUGAUGCCGAGGUGGGGUCCUCACGCGUCCUCUCCAUUUCGGGGUCGCGCCUUCCACGGCGCGCGCCGUUGAAGAGGCCCGUGCCGGCUGCGUUUGUGGAGGAGUGCGAUGAGUAG